AUGUCGUCCCCUUCCUGCCUUCCACCAUUUAGCUCUGUGGCUAUUUGCCUUGGAAUGUUUGAACUCUCGAAUAUAUUAUCCGCUCCUAAAUGGCUGGAAUUCUACAUAAGACUUAUACCAUCGGAGACGAUCCGAACUGAAUUAUACUUGCUUUACUUCUUACUUAAAGGUCAGGUUCAUCUCGGCGACGUCUGGCAAAUUGUCGGGGGGCGUUUGUUAGAAGCGCAAAGGGAGGAAUCAUUACGAAAUAUUGCUGGGGACAGUUCACAGUGUAGGACCAUAGAACAAGCUUUCAUAGAAGAGAGGAGGGACCGAUCAUUGCGUGCUAUCAAGGUCCCAACUGUGGAUCAUGUCUCUGUCUCAGCAACUCCGAAAUACGUUGUUGCACCUCCUGUGGCCCAUUCAGCAGCUGCAGUUGCCUAUUCAGCAGCUGCACAACAGAAAUGUGAAAGUUGGUUAAGGAAACAACACACCGACCUCAUGUCACUUACCGAACCCUUCUUCAUCGAAAGUGACCCGCCCCCGAAUACUCCGGCUAUCGAUGAGCUUGCUCAUGCCCCAGAACAACGAACAUCAGUCAUUGUAAAUUGCAACCCCUCAUUCCGCUUGUCCAGCACAUGGGUCACCCUUUGCGUCCAAGAGGCCUUUAAUGAGGCACGCAAAGUGGAACUAAACACUCAGGCUGGGUUAAUGGUGACAUAUCUCGACAUUGAACGUUACCAUUCUCACCACUGCAAUGUUGAUUCAGAGCUGCUUUGCUUGCGGGCAAAGAUGCUUCGCGCUAAAGCUGAGGUGGAACUUUUUGAGCUGGCACUCGAAAAUGUGUGUGUGUCCAACUACACUGACAAUGUGCUCUCUUCAAAUUUCCAUGCUGUUGCAGCUUCAUCACGUCCAACUUCAUUCCAGACAGUUCUACCAGAGCAGGUGCAUAUAUACAAGGAGCACAUUCCUGCCGGAUCAAUCAACGGCCGCAGUGACUCGACUUAUGGUAAUAGCCUUGUGUUUGUCUCAGCCUAG